AUGGCCGGACGUUCAGGGAGUAACAACAAAGACUACAACAUGAAACUUAUCGACACGUUGUACAAUCAGGUGCCUGCAUUUACAGAUGUUUUUGACGAGGAAACUUGGUACAUAUUUGUCGCAUGUUUUGUUACCGGUACCUUGGUACUCGCCUUUAUUUUGUCCAGAUUCAUUACUCUGAAACCGGUCGAAUAAGUUUGCCUUCAUCGUAACUGGCUUUUCACUAAUUUUUAACGCUUAAGAAGUGACUUGAUUGAUGAAAAUAAUACUAUACACCAAAAUUUUUAUUCGUGUCGUCAGGCUGGUAAUUGAAAAAAUUAUACUUCAAUUCCCGAAAUUUCACAGAUUUUCCAGAACUUUCAAUCAAUUUUUAACCACCUAAUAUUCCAUCCUAUAAAAACAUCCAUGGCGAUAUUUGUGGGAAAUUUCAAAAAUUUUAAUCGUCUUCCUCCAGUUUACGAAAUGAUUAAGUUCUAAUUUCUUCAUGUCUCAAAAAAUGUUGCAUCCUCUACAAGUUUUCCGACGAUUUAAUUACUAUCAUUCAUUAUUGUCAUUCUGACUCACAAUCAGUUGUUUUUCGAUAUUUUUCGAUUUUAUUUUUUGCUUUACGAUGAAAUGAAAUAACACUGAUUCCACAAAUUGAUGCUAUGAAAAAGUUUUGCCACGUAAUUGUUUAUCUAUGAGAAAUGAUUUCGAGUAAAAUAAAAGGUAUUGAAAACUUGUACUUAUUUUCGAAAAAGUAGGGCUUUGCAGUCUCAUAAAAAAUAAAACAAUCGAAGUCACUUUGACUAACUUUAGUGAAAAGAGUGACAUUUCGAUAUGCAUAUAUUUAUAUUAUUUACACCUAUUGUGAUUGGUAACUCUGUUUAUAUUUGAGUUACACCGUGAUUCUCAAACAUUAUUCUAGUCCUAAAUUUAAAAAAUAAAAUAACACACUAUAUGAUUUAUUGGUCCGUACUAAGGUACCGGCGUGAAUUGACAGAGCGUAUAUUCAAUUUCGCCUUUACGAUGCGGCAGAAAUUUUUCACCUUCAGACACAAGAAUUUCUACUCGCUAACCGACAAAUUUUAUCCCUUUUCGUCGUUUUAAAUGAGUAAGUGAUUUAACGACAAACGCAUUUCUCUGCAGUAACAACAAUAUAUCAAUUUUUCAAUUUCCUCGUCCCGAUUACCUGUUUAUCAUUGUGAAAAACUAAUCGACAUAAAAUACCCUUAUAUUGUGUGGAUUCUGUUGUUUUUAUUGAAUAAAUGUUAACUACUAUCAAUGGA